AAAAAAAAAAAAAGAAAGUCGGGCAGGUAAACUAAUUCCGCGGUCGACGUCGACGAGGACAGCGAGGUGGAAGCUGUCAUUGGAAUUGUUCUUGUUGUCAUUUGGACGCCGCCGCCGCCGCGUGUGCGUGACGAGUUGAGCACACAGCGGACAAAAAAAAAAAAAAAACCCAACAACUAAAAAAAACCAACAACUUGGUUGACAGGAUCGGGAGGAGGCAGAGCUCGGCGAAACCUUCAACCCCUCGAAAGAAACAAGCGCUCACAUUUGUAAUUCUUUCUUUUUGUCUUCCGGAAGCGACAAAAGGGAGGAGAAAUAACAUCGAAGUUCUCCAAGCUCGCGGACUUUGAAUCCCGAUCUCCUCGCGUCACGCUAUAGCGCACAGAUCCCCCCCCCCCCCCCCCAAAAAAAAGCUCCGAGUGCCAAAUGGGGGAGCAGCCAAUCUACACCACCAGGGCUCAUGUCUUCCAAAUUGACCCAACCACCAAGAAGAACUGGGUCCCUGCCAGCAAGCAGGCUGUCUCCGUCUCCUAUUUUUAUGACAGCACACGCAACAGCUACCGCAUCAUCAGCGUGGAUGGAUCGAAGGUUAUCAUCAACAGCACCAUCACCCCCAACAUGAUGUUCACAAAGACAUCCCAGAAAUUCGGCCAGUGGGCGGACAGCAGGGCCAACACUGUGUUCGGUUUGGGCUUCAGCUCAGAGCAGCAGCUCGCCAAGUUUGCUGAGAAGUUCCACGAAGUCAAAGAGGCAGCCAAAAUGGCAAGAGACAAAUCUCAGGAGAAGGCGGAGGUGCUGAGUAAUCACUCCCCGGAGUCGGGACGUGAAACGCCAUCAAGCAACCAGGCUUCCAGCAUUAAUGGCACCGAUGAUGAGAAGAUCUUUCAUGUCGGUCCAGAGGCUGUCCUGCUGAAGAAUGAGAGUGAUCUCCUCAAUAGUACCGUGGAACAGAGCAACACCAACGCCAAGAAGUGGGAAACCGAGCUGCAGACGUUAAGAGAGAAUAAUGCCAGGCUGGUGGAUGCGCUGCAGGAGUCCUCGGCUAAUGUAGAGAGCUGGAAGAAACAACUCGGUGCCUGCAAGGAAGAGAGUGACAUGCUCAGGGAGAAGAUCGCGGAGCUUGAGGUUCAGUGCAACGAGGCCAGUCAGGAGAAGCAAAGGAACGGCCAGCUGAGCGUGCGCGUGCAGGAGCUGGAGGCCGAGCUGCACGACAAAGAGCAGGAGCUGGGAAAUUUGCGGAAGCAGGCAGAGAUAAUCCCGCAACUCAUGGCUCAGUGUGAGAGCAUCACUUCCAAACUGCAGACUGCAGAGACGAAGAACAGAGAGCUGGAGGGGAGGAUCGACGUUCUUCACAUGGACGUGGACGACAGUCGCCAGAAGCAGGGCAACGUCAAGGGCGAGCUGAAGAAGCUCAUGGAUGUCCUGGACAUCAAGCUGGACGAGCUUCACGAGUUCCGGCGGGGCCUGUCCCGGCUGGGCAUCGAUAACUGAGCCCGUCGGGCCGCCGCUUACGUCUUCGGGGCACAAACUACUCGUUGGCGCACGCUCCCCCCCCCCCCCCCCCCUCUCUCAAAAAGGUCCACUCUGAGACUAUGUGGGCGUGCUCGGAGGAGGAGCGGAGUCAUACUUUGGAGUUUGUGAUGGGGAGAGGAGGGGGGGGGGGGGGGCGCUGCUGGUGGUGGCGGGUUCUGCUUUAAGGGCUACAAGUAACAACACACAAAGGGAAUGCUGCCGAGUGUCACUCAAGUAAUAAUUGGUGUUAUCGUGAACCCCCCCCCCCCCCCCCUCCCCCUCCCGCUCAGGUGUGUCACUUUGUACUUGCAAGACGCGCCCCCACCAGACGAAUGGCCGUGACAAUAAGUGCCUCCAGGGGGGCUUUUUGAGCUAAGUCCUCCUGGUGAGGAGAAGCGGCCCAACAUGAAAACCGGCGGCGCUCAAAGUCAGUCGUACGCAAAAUUGCUUGAGCGUUUCUUCCGUAUCCUUCAUAUCAAGCUGAAGGUCCAUCGACAACUGUGCUCUUUGUCCUCACUGGUAAGACCGUUCUGAAAAGUGUACUAGUACGUGGACCUCAAACUGGAUAUCAAGGAUAUGGAGUGAAAUGCCACAGUAGUACGAGUAAGUGGUACUGCAACUUCCCACUAAUUUGUAAAACCUUUCCGCAGACGGGUACAACUGAUGUCGCCAUAGCUUUCUUCACCAUCCGCAAGUCAUCCGAAAUGAAUCGAAGCCAAUUUGGCAGUCACUUUCAACCACCUGUUGUGCGAGAGCGUGCAAUAGGUUGUUUUUUUUGUUUGUUUUGUUUGUUUUUGGGGGGUCUACUUGUCUACAAGGCUGUUGAUGUGCUUCCUUCCACUCAAGCGUUUCUUUUUGUGUGUGUUGGUGGUGAUUUUUGGGGCGCGUUGAACGUGGUGCUGCUACACGGGCGGAUAAUGUGAACAACAACACGACGACUACUGAGGGACUUGUGGGUUUUGUCUAUUAUUUAUUUGGGUGCCUCACUCCUAUGUGUUUCUAGUAUGAGCAAAGUCAAUCCACAUGAUGUACAAUAAUAAUAAUAUACCAAACCUUCUGGCUUCUGAGGUUUUUAUCAGAGCUACUUUGUACAACAAUCUAUUUUUCAAUAUUUACAAGAAACACAUGUACUUGCAUCUCUGUCAUAAAAUUGGAAUUUAUUAUUCUAUGUGAAACCAAGACAAACAAAAUGAGCUUUUCUUUUGAA